AUUCUUCAGAAGGAAAAUGAAGUCUACACUGUAUUUGUGUUUGCUUCUCGUUGGACUUCAAGUCCAAGCUCUUCCUAAACCCAACCAGGGCAACAAACAUAAACAUAAGAAAGAGAAACCUCAUUCCCUAGGAGAUCAUUCUCAAGUGGAACGUGAAAACUCAGCUCACGUGAAGAUAGCCCCCAGCAACGCUGAAUUUGCAUUUAGGUUUUAUAAGCAGGUCACAGAAGAGGGAGGUAACAAGAACAUUUUCUUCUCUCCCUUGAGCCUUUCUACUGCCUUUGCAAUGCUCUCACUGGGGGCCAGAUCAAACACACUCAACCAGCUGCACAAAUGCCUCACCUUCAACCUGACAGAGAUGGAAGAGCAGGAGAUCCAUGAGGGCUUCCAGCAUCUCCUCCAGCUGCUGAAUGACCCUCGCAGAGAGAUUCAAUUGAAUAUGGGCAAUACUCUGUUCAUAGAUGAGAGACUGAAACUGCAAAAAAAAUUUUUGGAUGAUGUCACAAAUUUUUAUUAUUCGGAAGCUGUUUCUAUGGAUUUCCAAAAUUCUGAACAUGCCAGAGAGGAAAUCAAUAACUAUAUAAAAGCAAAGACCCAUGGUAAAUUUGUAGACUUACUGGACAGUCUUGAUGAAGAUGUUAUGAUGAUUCUGACUAACUACGUUUACUUUAAAGGUGAGUGGGAAGAACCUUUUGAAAAUUACGACACCAGAGACGAUGACUUCUUUGUGGAUGCAGAGCAUUCUGUUAAGGUUAAAAUGAUGUUUAAAAAUGCAUACUAUAAUAUCCAUAGGGAUGAGAAGCUGUCUUGCUGGAUAGUAGAAAUACCAUACACAGGAAAUGCUGCUGCCCUUUUUGUUCUGCCUGAUGAAGGGAGUAUGAACCAGGUAGAAGAUGCUCUGCUACAAGAUACAGUGUCUAAUUGGAGCCAAUCACUUGAAGGAAGAAGUGUCGACCUGUAUCUUCCAAAAUUGUCCAUCUCUGGCUCCUAUGAUGUCAAGAGAUUGUUUUUGAAAAUGGGUGUGACGGACAUGUUCAGUAACAAUGCUGAUUUCUCUGGAGUUGCAAAAAAUACGCUCUUGAAAGUUUCCAGGGCAAUUCACAAGGCCAAAUUGAAUAUUAAUGAGAAUGGCACAGAGGCUGCUGCAGUGACCAUGGUAGAAAUGAAGGUUUUCUCUGCAAUAUUUAGUCCUCUUGAAAUCAAAUUCAACAGACCCUUUGUGAUGAUGAUUUUUGACAAAAUCACCAACAGUAUCCUCUUCAUGGGGAAAGUUGUGAACCCAGCUGCCACAGAAGACUAGUCCAGAGCACCUGUACUCCACAACAAAGCAGAGCUUGUGCACAUCUCAAAGAGUUCUUUGCAAAAAAAAAGAAAAAAAAAGGCCAGAAUUGAUCCCUAAUUAAAAAUUAAAAAAAAAAAAGGUAUAUUUUGUAUUAUAUUAUUCUUGUCUUUCAAUAGACAGCUGGGAAAAAUAGAAGCAGGUCAUGUUUAUGAAAUGCCCUAGGAUAAACAUACAGCAGUGAGAUCUUUAUAGAUACUUCCCUAGCUCAUUCAAUCAAAGCUGGCGUCAUGGCCCUUUGCAUGCAGAUAAACCAUCCUCCCAGCUGAAAAUUUCCCUGUCUCUCAUCUUGUAUGUCUAGUCCUCAGCUCAGAAACUUCCUACCAGCACAGAUCCUUUGCUUCCAUCUCCAUUCCUCAUUAGUUUCUCUAGAGUAAAAGUAAGCUGAAUGUCACUGCACAAAUGGUCACCCUUAAGGUUCUUUUGCGCAUGCAGUAAUGCCUGGGCUCCAUGAGAGAACUGCAUUUACUGGGCCUGCAUGGCAAAGCUGUCCUCUCCAAGCACAUUGUUUUUGUCCUUGCACAUUGUAUGUGCAGGAAAAAAACUAGAAAAGAAAAGAAAAAAGCAAAACCAAACAAGUACUGCUAAAUUAACUUGCAAAACCUGCUUUCUGAGGUCAUCUUCACUUGGGGAAAUACAGCUGAUGAAUGGCAGACCAAAUGAAUUUCUUGCCACAACAGAAUGCCACAUCUGACUUCCAGUUUUUCUGGAGCCAUCUUUACUCUCACAUAGCUUGCUCAAGUCAGUAACUCAAAAACAACUGCAGAAAUUUUAACAAGAUUUUGUGGUCCAACAAUUCCAAAAUAAUGAUGUCUAAUUUAAAUAGUUGUUGUUUGACUAUAGCCUCUCUUUUCAGCUUUGGUAUUCCAUGAUUGAGAUGUUAUUCUCCAUCAGCUGUCUCCUCCGGGAUUGCUCCUUUUCUUCCAUUAAAAGUUAUUCACAGCUUC